UCCUCCCUCACUCUCUGUGUCUCUCGGCUUACAGUAUACACCUAUCUAUCUUCCACAAGCAUCAGCAGUCUCUCCAUCUCUCUCCGCGAUACUGAGCGCUACUACAGCGCAAAACAUGGCAUCUCUGCGCCCCGAAGGACCGCUCUCCGCCGCCGCGCACCUCUGCGUCUUUCUGCUGAUCGCCACGGCCUGGAUGGCACUGACGGGACCCGUGUGCUGUGACAGCGGGGCUUUAACCCGACGCGGCGGGGAGGACCGUACGUUUGACAUGGGCGGCCGAGACGGAGGCUCCCCGCCAGGCUUACCAGAGGACGGUGACGCGGAAGCCAGUGGAGCAGAGAGCUCACCCCGCUUCAGGAGAGCACUGUCCCGGGAAAAACAAAUGUCCCUGCUCAGCAGCUCUUUCGUUCUCAAAGGGGAUGCGACCCACAACCAGGCGAUGGUCCACUGGACUGGAGAGAACAGCAGCGUCAUCCUGAUCCUGACCAAGUACUACCACGCGGACUCCACCAAGGUACUGGAGAGCUCACUGUGGAGAUCUUCUGACUAUGGCACUACCUACACCAAACUCAACCUGAUGCCAGGGACAACAAUCGUGGUGACCAGCUUUUAUAUCUGCCCAACCAACAAAAAAAAGGUAGUGCUGGUUGGUUCAUCCAUAAAUGAAAGGGAUCAAAUGCUGUUUAUCAGCACAGAUGAGGGUUCUUCCUUCCAACGACAACCCAUCUCCUUCACCCCGGACACGCUCAUAUUCCACCCUAAGGAAGAAGACAAGCUCCUGGCCUACUGCAAAGAGGGCAGGCUCUUUGCUUCCACAGACCUGGGCCGCAAGUGGACUUUGCUUCAGGAGCGGGUGACCAAGGACAAAGUUUUCUGGUCAGUAUCUGGUGUGGAUGUGGACCCUGAUCUGGUACACAUGGAAAUGCAAGAUACAAGUGGAGGUUACCUGUAUGUUACCUGUCUCAUCCAGAACUGUUCGGAGAAAAUGGUGACGGCUCAAUUUCUUGGCAAAAUCGACCACAACUCACUGCUAGUGCAAGACAACUAUAUUUUUGUCAAGGUCACCACAGGGAAUCGCACCAAGCAUUUUGUGUCGUAUAGACGCAAUGACUUUGUCCAGAUGAAAUUUCCCAAGUACGCCUUGCCAAAGGAUGUUCAGAUAGUGAGUACAGAUGAUAACCAGGUCUUCCUCGCACUCCAGGAGUGGUACCAGUCAGACACAUUUAACCUGUACCAGUCUGACCCUCAGGGUGUCUACUACUCAAUCGUCCUGGAAAAUGUGCGCAGCACCAAACAGCCAGAGGAGAAUGUCCUCAUCGACAUACUUAAGGUGCGUGGAAUCAGAGGAGUUUUCCUGGCCAAUCAGAAGAUUGAUGGCAAAGUGACAACUCUCAUCACCUAUAACAAAGGACAAAACUGGGAGCCCUUAGCCCCACCUACCACUGACAUGAAUGGCAAGCCAAUCAGCUGCAAAGCGCCGCACUGUCACCUCCAUCUCCACCUACGCUGGGCAGACAACCCCUAUGUGUCCGGGACUGUUCACACCAAAGACUCUGCUCCAGGUCUCAUCAUGGGUGCUGGUAACCUUGGCUCCAAACUAGUAGAGUAUAAGGAAGAGAUGUACAUAACUUCAGACUGCGGGAAGACGUGGAGACAGGUUUUCGAGGAGGAGCAUCACAUCCUGUACCUGGACCAUGGAGGGGUCAUUGUUGCCAUCAAGGACACCUCUAUUCCACUCAAGAUACUCAAAUUCAGUAUUGACGAAGGACGGACUUGGACUGUGCACAACUUUACCAGCACCUCUGUGUUCGUCGAUGGACUCUUAAGUGAGCCAGGAGAUGAGACCCUGGUUAUGACUGUGUUUGGCCACAUAAGCUACAGGUCAGACUGGGAGUUAGUCAAAGUGGACUUCAGGCAGUCUUUCUCCCAUCAGUGUACUGAGUCUGACUACGUGUCCUGGCAGCUCACAAACCUGCAGGGAGAGAAAUGCAUUAUGGGUCAGGAAAGGAGUUUCCGGAAGAGGAAGGACACAGCGUUUUGUAUCAAAGGAAAAAGCUACAUAUCAGCCCUCACCACCAAACCCUGCCAAUGUACCGAGCAAGACUUCAACUGUGACUAUGGUUUUGAACGUUCUCAUACGGACGGCAAUCACUGCUUUGCUGACUUCUGGCACGAUCUAGAUUCACCACCCGAAGACUGCCAUCCAGGAAAAACCUACGAGUCCAGCACUGGCUACAGGAAGGUGAUAUCUAACAUGUGUGAAGGGGGGCUAAACAAGCAGCAGAGCACCACGCAGCACAGCUGCCCUCUGCUGCCUCCUAAAGGACUACAGGUCAGCAUCAAAGGGCAGAUGUUGGCUGUGGCGCCAGGUGAUGACAUCACAUUCAUUGUCCACCAGGAAAAGGGUGACACCACCAGCACCAAGUACCAGGUGGACCUUGGUGAUGGGGUUCGGGCCAUCUACCAGAACUUAACGGUGACCGAUGAGCCUAUCCAGCAUCGCUACAAAAAUCCCGGCGUUUACAAGGUCACGGUGAAGGCUGAGAACAUGGCAGGGCACGACGAGGCCACCAUGUACAUCCAGGUGACAGCCCCUUUACAGGAAGUGCACCUGGAAGUGGCUCCCAUUACUGGGAGAAACCAUGAGGUCAAUCUGACAGCCAUAGUUCUUCCAACUGAGGCAAACCUGUCUGUCUUCUACUGGUGGAUAGGAGACAACCUGCAGCCUACGCUGACUCUGCAGAACAGCUUUGUGACCCGCUUCCCAGAGACAGGAAAGGUUUCAAUUACUGUCCAGGCUUCUAAUGGCCGAUCUAUGGUGCAGGAUACCAGGACCGUUCAAGUUUACGAUAACUUCCAGAUCAUCCAUCUGAGUUUCAGCAUGAACCUGGACCGCUUCAACCCAAACAUCCAAGAGUGGAGAGAAGACAUUGGCCAAAUGGUCACUAAACUACUAGCUAAGACCACAGGUAUCCCUCUGGAGUCCCUUCUUACUGUGGUGAAGCCUGGCCUCCCUACUACUGCUGACUUGUACAUCCUCCCACUGUACAGUAAUCCAGCCAAGAGGAGCAUGGUUUUAGAUAAGCGUAUUCCAGCCAUCAUACAAGCCUUAAACAGCAACAAUGUCAGCUUCGUGGUACGAGGAGGUCUACAAGUCCUGGUGAUGCUAGCUGACCCAGAUGCAGGCUUCUAUGGAGCUGCAAAAGGUCCGGGUGUUUGGGCUCUAGCAGUAAUUGUCCUAAUCAGCAUCUUCGCCACCGGCUCCUUCAUCCUCUACAAGUUCAAAAGUCCUUGGUUUAGGACUGAGGAUGCCUAUCCCCCACUGUUUUUCAGGAAGCUACCAGGCAGCCGCAAUGUCUAUGCUCAGAUGCACAAUGAGAAGGAGCAGGAGAUGACCAGCCCUGUCAAUCACAGUGAGGACACCCAGCACAUCAUCCAGGGGGAGGAGUUCAUCGACGAUGACCUGGACUCACAGACUCUAGGUAACGCUGGAGGUAGCCCCGCCUUCCGUUCCCUUAUAAGGACUACAAAUAACCACUGCUACUAAAACCCAAGCCACUAACAUCCGCAGCUUACACACACAAAGGCAACCAUUCGGGUGUGGUCCUGAGCAUCAACUCCAGAGAACUACACAGUUACCUAACAAGCUGAUGACUACCAUGUCAAUGCUAACCAGCUAGCCUAGUCUAGCUGGUUAACGAGCACAGGGACUCCAGUCGGACUUCCUCCUCUCUUCACUCCUUUUUCUUCUCCUCUUACUCGGAUAUUUAACCUCCACACCUUGGCCUCCUCAACCCUAGGGGGGGUAGGAUGAAGAUAUUGUUUGGAUCAUACCAAGGAUGUCUGUGUUGUGAAAAAGAAAAUCAAUUUGUACUCAAAAUUAGCAAGACUGACUGCAAUGGUGUCCAUUAAUUUUUUUUUUUUAACGGUUGAACCAUCCAUUACCAAGAGGCCAUAUAGUGGCUAUGUCCUCUUGAUGACCAAAGACAAGUGCGCUAAAAUGAUUUCCAAGCAUUAAGAUAAAGAAGUCUUAUUAAAGGCAAAACAUUUUUCUCUUUGCUUCACGCAAAAAUAGUAGACACUUUCUCUUCACAGGCAAUAAUGGAUCGUAGGAUAUGAUAGCCCUUGUGAAUUUGCAUAUGACAAGUGUAUGCAUUUAUACACAAGUGGCGUAGUUGCACUUUCACACUCACAGGUACUUGGAGCACUCAGCUUCUUUGGAAUAUACUGUAAGUCCACAAAAUCAUUGUUAAUUUUUCCAAAUCUUGUAACCUUGUUUAUAGCUCACACAUUUACAGAAGUUGUUGUGUGGUGUUUAAAAUAAGCACCACCUUUGUAGGAGCUCAUUGUCUGUCCUUUGUUGCCUACAAUAGCAGAUAAUAUUAUAUGCUUAGUGGCAACACAUAUUUAUUUCUUAUAACAGUAUGCCCCUUCCUCCCCACUCAGUCCGGGUCAGAGGUCAAAGCGGACUUGUUGCACUGGAGACAAGCUCUGUCAUGGAGGGAAGGUGUAGUUUAUGUAUUUUACUGUAUCAGCCUAUAUUAGGCAUAGCCCACGGUGAUAUCAUGUAUCCUUAACGGUUUGGUAUGUUGAAUGUAAAUGUGUAAAUAUUAACAAUCUUCACUUUGUACAUAUUCCCUUUGACGUGUGUGAGUGUUUUACACGUACCAAAAUACACAGCACUUAGUGUGAUUUUUUAUUUUUUUGAAAAAUUCUCACUGUUUCCAGUUUCCUUCAUUGUCAUUACCUGCUUCACAUGUAUCCCUUUUUCAAUACUUUCAGUGUUAUCUCAUGAACAAGAUCAUUUUAUGAUAUCCAUUUAACUGUGAUAAUGUUCUUGUAUAAAGAUACUCACAACUACACAGUGACAACUAUGUAUAUCGAUAUUUUUGAUACACAGUUUUUCUCUGUACGUGUACACUGGUUAUUGUUUCUCUCGCCUUUGGCUGAAGUCUUUGUUUCUUUGUACUUUGUACUAAUGAUGUAAACAGCGCUGUCAACACAUACUUAACAGCAAUUGAACAAGUCUACAGACUCUGAAUCAAAACGUCUUUGGAUAAAAGGCCUUCGUAGUACCACCAAGAUCACAUUUGCCUUGUAUGUGAUACAAACAACAGAUUACAUUCACUCAUCCAGAUUCACACUUUGAUUAAUCUCUUGUAGAUAUUCUGCUCAUGUUUAACUUGUUCUUAGUUUUUCUAGUGAUGUGUCGUCAUGUAUCAGUGCCCCUAACCUUAACAAAGGGGAAAGUAGGAAUUUUGAUAUUCCAAUAUAAUAAUGGAGUUUCUCACCUGAUGGCACAACCAUUGACAACACCAAUUUUAUUCUAUUCAUUUUCUCUUUCUGCAGGGAUGAUUGAUUUUGCUUUUAAAAACAGUUGUGUAUCCUCAUCAGGAUGCACAUUGCACAUAAACCUGCAUCCUGGAAUAAAUCACUCCCACAAGUUGU